GAAAAAAAAAAAAAAAAAGGUUUCAAAUUCUUUUUUCGAAACGGCGGUUCCUAGCUCGAAACCCCUUUUCUUUCAUCUCGAAAAUCUUGCUCUUGCUCUGUCUCUGUGUGUGUGUGUGUGUGUUUGGAUCAGUAGCGGGGAUUCCCAGAAUAUUCUCAGAUGAUUGGGAUCUUUGUAAGGGAAUGAUUGUGGCUGAAAACCUUCAUGUGAACACUGAACACGAAAUUGUUCCCAAAAAAAAAAGAAAAACUUAAAAUGAGUUGUUUACCCAAUGGUGAUCGUGAGACUGAGAUAAGUCUUCACAGACAAAAUGAUCAGGUGCAGUAUCAAGGUUCCAUUGGAAGAUGUGGAAACUUUGAUGGAAGUAAUGCUAGACCUUGUUACAAUGAAAACUAUGGGGAGAUAAUUGUAUCAGGAAUAUCCAACAGUUCUUCAGAAAAUCAAAGUGCAAACUCACAAGUUGAUGGUGUAUGUAGGAAGGCAAGGCAGCAUAAGGAAAUGACACUACAAGAUAUGUAUAACAAUCAGAACCUAUUUGAUGAUGAUGAUGAUGACAGUGACUGGGAGCCCUUGCAAAAGCAUGUUGAAAUUGUGAAGUGGUUCUGCACCAACUGUACGAUGGUCAACUUUGAUGUUGCUUACUGUGAUAUAUGUGGUGAACAUAAAGAAUCUGGGAUACUGAAGCAUGGGUGUUUUGCAUCUCCCUUUCUGCAAGAUGCAAACCUACCUGGUGUUGAGUCAGAAAUUAAAGAAUCAAAUAAGGACAUCCAGAUACAAAAAUCAGCUCCAAACAACACAACUGCAAUAGGUUUUGAUGAGAGAAUGCUGCUACACUCUGAAGUUGAAAUGAAGUCGCAUCCACACCCAGAAAGACCAGAUCGCCUUCGAGCUAUUGCUGCUAGCCUUGCUACAGCUGGUAUAUUUCCUGGAAAGUGCUUUCCAAUUACAGCUAGGGAAAUUACAAAAGAAGAGCUUCAAAUGGUACAUUCUUCAGAGCAUGUUGAAGCUGUUGAACUUACCAGCCACCUUCUUUCUAGUUAUUUCACUCCUGAUACGUAUGCCAAUGAGCAUUCAGCAUGUUCUGCAAGGCUUGCGGCUGGUUUAUGUGCUGAUCUUGCUUCAGCCAUUGUUUCUGGGCACACCAAAAAUGGUUUUGCUCUGGUUCGACCUCCUGGACAUCAUGCUGGUGUAAAGCAGGCCAUGGGGUUUUGCUUGCACAAUAAUGCAGCAGUUGCUGCGUUAGCAGCUCAGGCUGCAGGAGCCAAGAAGGUGCUAAUCGUUGAUUGGGAUGUUCAUCAUGGGAAUGGCACACAGGAAAUAUUUGAGCAGAACAAAUCGGUCUUGUAUAUAUCCCUACACAGACAUGAGGGAGGAAAGUUCUAUCCUGGUACUGGGGCUGCUUAUGAGGUUGGUAAAAUGGGGGCAGAAGGAUACUGUGUGAAUGUUCCAUGGAGUCGUGGCGGAGUUGGUGAUAACGAUUACAUUUUUGCAUUUCAGCAUGUUGUUCUUCCAAUAGCUUCUGAGUUUGCUCCCGAUUUCACCAUCAUAUCAGCUGGAUUUGAUGCUGCAAGAGGUGACCCUCUAGGUUGCUGUGAUGUGACUCCUGCUGGCUAUGCACAAAUGACACACAUGUUGAGUGACUUUUCUGGUGGAAAGUUGCUUGUUAUUCUUGAGGGCGGCUAUAAUCUCCGUUCGAUAUCAUCAUCUGCUACUGCAGUUAUUAAGGUACUGCUGGAUGAAAGUCCAGAAUGUGAACCGGAGAAUGUUUUACCCACAAAAGCUGGCCUGUUAACCAUUCUGGAGGUCCUUAAGAUUCAGAUGAACUUCUGGCCUACACUUGGAUCCAACUUUAUGAAAUUGCAGUCACAAUGGGGAAUGUACACUUUGGGGAGCAAAAAAAAUAAACAAACAAGAAAAAGACGUCAGGUUGUGGCGCCCAUCUGGUGGAAAUGGGGACGGAAAUGUCUGCUUUAUCAUGUCUUAAAUGGGCAUGUCAAUGUUAAACGGAGGAAAGUCGAUUGAUUUUGGAGGCUGGAGCUUCAAGCAUCCCAUUUUUGUAGUACUUUCUGUGCAUUUUUUUAUACCAUUUGAUAUUAGGGAAUCUCUUUGCUUUGCUUGACCUUAGAUGCUAUAAAUAUUUGCAUUUACAGCUUUAAUUCGAGUCCUUUCUUAACAGGAAAAAAAAAAUAUAUAUAUAUAUAUAUAUAUAUA